AUGUCAGCUAUUCGAGAAGUAAAGUAUCUACAAGAGAUCCAACACGAAAAUGUCAUCGAAUUGGUGGACAUCUUUCUGGCGUACGAUAAUUUGAACUUAGUGCUGGAAUUCUUACCAUCAGAUUUGGAAAAGGUUAUCAAAGAUAAGUCGAUUUUAUUUACACCGGCGGACAUAAAGUCAUGGAUGUUGAUGACACUUCGAGGAAUUCACCACUGCCAUAGGAAUUUUAUACUGCACCGAGAUCUGAAGCCCAAUAAUCUAUUGAUAUCUCCAGAUGGCCAGAUCAAAGUUGCGGACUUUGGUUUGGCUAGGACUUUCCCAUCUGCCCAAGAAAUGCUGACAAGUAAUGUGGUUACUCGCUGGUACAGAGCGCCGGAACUGCUGUUCGGGGCCAAGCACUACACAUCAGCGGUGGAUAUUUGGUCAGCGGGCGUAAUAUUCGCAGAGCUGAUGUUGAGAAUACCCUACCUGCCUGGGCAAACCGAUGUCGAUCAGAUUGAGGUCACUUUCAGAGCAUUAGGAACGCCGACAGACAAGGACUGGCCAGAUGUUUCGUUCUUUCCUGCAUACAAUAAGCUUCAAAUUUAUCCACCGCCUUCGCGAGAGGAACUGAGGAGACGGUUCAUUGCGGCAAGUGAGAAUGCGUUAAAUUUUAUGUGUGGAAUGCUCACUAUGAAUCCACAGAAGCGUUGGAGCGCAGUCGAAUGCCUAGAAAGUGAUUACUUCAAAGAGGCUCCAGCACCGAGCGACCCUUCCACUAUCCAAAUAUCCUAG